UGGAUUUGACGGGGCCAGCUUUCUCGGAGGUGUAGUGCUGGUGUUGAGCCUACAGGCGGUGGCUUUCUUUGUGCUGCGCUUCCUCAAGGCCAAGGACAGCACCUACCAGACGCUCCUGGCCGCCUUAUAAUCUGGCAUCCUUCCCCUGGUGGCCCCAGCAAGAUGGGUCUACUGUGGAUCCUGCCUUCCCUGUGGCUCCUCCUGCUUGGGGGGCCUGCCUGCCUGAAGACCCAGGAACACCCCAGCUGCCCAGGACCCAGGGAACUGGAAGCCAGCAAAGUUGUCCUCCUGCCCAGUUGUCCCGGAGCUCCAGGAAGUCCUGGGGAGAAGGGGGCCCCAGGUCCUCAAGGGCAACCUGGACCACCAGGCAAGAUGGGCCCCAAGGGUGAGCCAGGAGAUCCAGCAAACCUGCUUCGGUGCCAGAAAGGCCCCAGAAACUGCCGGGAGCUGUUGAGCCAUGGCGCCACCUUAAGCGGCUGGUACCAUCUGUGCCUACCUGAGGGCAGGGCCCUCCCAGUCUUUUGUGACAUGGACACGGAGGAGGGUGGCUGGCUGGUGUUUCAGAGGCGCCAGCAUGGUUCUGUGGAUUUCUUCCGCCCUUGGUCCUCCUACAAAGCAGGUUUUGGGAACCAAGAGUCUGAAUUCUGGCUGGGAAAUGAGAAUUUGCACCAGCUUACUCUCCAGGGUACCUGGGAGCUGCGGGUAGAGCUGGAAGACUUUAAUGGCAACCGUACUUUUGCCCACUAUGCGACCUUCCGCCUCCUCGGUGAGGUAGACCACUACCAGCUGGUGCUGGGCAAGUUCUCAAAGGGCACUGCAGGGGAUUCCCUGAGCUUCCACAGUGGGAGGCCCUUCACCACCUAUGACGCUGACCACGAUUCAAGCGGGAGCAACUGUGCUGUGAUUGUGCACGGCGCCUGGUGGUAUGCAUCCUGUUACCGAUCAAAUCUCAAUGGUCACUACGCAAUGUCUGAGGCUGCCGCUCACAAAUAUGGCAUUGACUGGGCCUCAGGCCGUGGUGUGGGCCACCCCUACCGCAGGGUUCGGAUGAUGCUUCGAUAGGGCCCUCUGGCAGCCAUUGCCCUUAUCUCUCCUGUGCAGCUUCCGGAUCCUCAGCCACCUUGCCUUUGCCAACCACCUCUGCUUGCCUGUCCACAUUUAAAAAUAAAAUCAUUUAGCCCUUUCAA